AUGACCUCUUUCACUCCCAUCAACCUUUCUAUCAAGAAGACGAGCAGCAAAGCCGACGAGAACAAGAACGAGAAAAGAAACAGCAGCAGCAGCAUGAGCAAAAGCACCAACAGCGUCCGACUGCAGCCUUGGCAGCUCCGGGCUCUCCAAAAUGGCAGAAAUCCUCUGCCAGAAGCCCCUGGAGCGAGACCCUGCAUCGACCCAAGGGCGAGCUCUCAUGUUGUUAGAAGCCAGUCAUCAAACCCGCCUUCUUCUAUAGAUGUGCUCUCUUCAUCUGGUACAACCAACACCGACGAGGCUUCUGGGACUGAGGCGACGUCCAUGACAUACCGCUUCUGGUCAGGCAACGAUAUGAGGUCUCUAAUUGCACUCCGCAACAGCGGUGCCACAUGGCCCGAUGUCUAUGCGGCGUUUCCAGAAAGAACACCAGAGGCAAUCAAGCAAGCAUACCACAAACGACGGCACACAAUCGAGCGUGAGAUGGUCAUGGAGGCAGAGGCAGCUUCAAACUCCCAGAGUAACGGAAACGGUGGGAUGAACAAUUGA